GGCAAGGCACGCGUGAAGUCACUGAUGGAGAAAUUUAACAGGGGUAACGGCCCCACAGAGGAUGUUUCUGGUAACAGUCGACCCUUCAAAGUCCCAGGACCACCUAUCCAUUCAGGAGGAUUACAGAUGAGGAAAGCAGCCCUUGAGAAAUUUGCAAGUCAAGGAAAUGCAGCUUCUUCAGGACCCGGUACCUUUCACAAACCUGUUCAUCCGAAGCCUCCUCUGGGGGUCAAGCCUUCAACUGAUGAUAAAACAGAGAAGGAUCCAAAGCCGCCAUAUUUGAAACCAGUGGCACAAAAGUUUGGGGUUCAGUUUCAGGCAACUAACAGAGAAAAUGAUGGAAAAGCUGGAUGCACUAAAGCCCCUACCAAAACCAGUGACUUAGCAAAAGAAGAGUCAAAGCCUCUGUAUCCAAAACCUGCAGGAAACAAGUUCCUUAACUCUGCUCCUUAUGAGAAAGAAAAAAGUCCUCUGGGAACAAAACCAAAUUCAAAUUUUGUACCACAGGAGAGUGAGGCAAAACCAGCAUUUUCAAAAGUGACUGCAGUUAAGGAAAAGUUCAUGUCUGCAACACAAGAAAAUGAGCCCAAGCCUCCUUUCUCUAAACCACCUCUUGCACAGAAACCCUCUGUAAACCAUGAGGGCUCUCACAACGAAGACACUUCUAAUAAAAAUAUUUUUCUGCAAAAAGGACUGUCAGGCCCUAGACCAAAUAUACACUCAUUUAAAGCAGCAAAGGAAAUGGAUGAAAAUAGUAAUCCUGCUGCAGAAGCUGCAGGCAGUCAUUUUUCUAAUGUGGCUCUGAAGCCUACUGGCCACUGGUCCAGCUCAUCUCAAGGCAUCCCAAAAAACGUGGAGGAAAAGACUGAAGAAAAGGGAAUGAGUGCUGCCAAGAACAUCUUUCUCAAUAAAAUUAUCCAGGAAGAAUCAGGUUCUUCUUCUAAGUUCCGUAAGACGAACACAGGGCUUGCUGCAGGAACGCCAUUAGGUGGAUCACAAGAGAAAGAGGAUGGGGACAGGAGCUCAGGAAUCCCCAAGAGGAAAUCCCUGCCUCCACUGUUCAAGCUGGGCCAGCCCCCGCAGAAGCCCAGCAGACCUCCCAAUGUGGACCUGGAAAGAUUCCGGAAGAGCAUCCCAAAAGAUAACUCUAAAGAUGAAGGUUUGAAACAGAUAGCACCUUCCUCAGGAGCACUCUCCCCACCUGUACCUCCACCACACUCUGCUACGCAGUUGCCACCUCCUCCACCAGCCUCUCACCCAUGCCUGCAGUCCGCAGCAGCUCCCAGCCUGCCUCCCAGAAACAUCAAGCCCAGCUCUGAAACAAUGAGCCACGCCGUGGCCUGUUGUCAUAACACUGAGAACCUUCUGGCGCAUACGAGGCUCCUUUCGUUAUCCUCCUUCAAAGAGCUGCGUACAAAAGGGGAACCUCCCAGCGACAAAGAGUUAAAAGCACUUCGGUCUAGUGUCAAAAUUGACCGGAAACAAGCUGAGCCUGAAUAA